AUUUGAGCUCACGCGUUGAAAACAAAAGUGCUGAACUAACGGUCGUUAACAGAUAAAGUAUUAACGGUUUAAUGGGCUGCAACAAACGAAGCCAUCAUUGUGAACUCAAGUGCAACUAAAGCAAUAAGCAAAAGUGAGAAUUUGUGAAUUUUCGCAGUGAAAAAUUGUUGCAAAUAACUUCAAAAGAAGCAAGUUUAACUAAAAAAAAAGAAGUAAACAAUUGUAGAACGUGCUUUUUAAAAACAAAGUGUACGUGUUCCGGUUCUUUUAAGACACUUCUUUGCUGCAGGGAACGGAAAAGGCCAAUACUUUGGUUUGCGUUUGUUUGGAUACUCACUCGCCUUUGUUAGCGCUAAACAGUUGGAAUAAAUCACAAAUAACAAUGCACUUGCGUUUCAUACUGCUAGUCUCUGCGACGUGCCUAUUGGGCAGCGCGUAUUCUGCUGCGAACAGCGACGUCACCGCCUCAGCAACUACGGCAAAACCGCAAGGCUUUGCUGCACGCUCCAUUGAUGCGACCGAUGAGGAGGAUGAAUUUGAAUCGCAAGCGCAAACACAUUUGGCUUAUCGGCAGCAACAACAACCACAGCAAUUACAACAACGUCAAUUAUAUGACUAUAGUCAGUCGGAGGAGGAUCAGGAGGAAGCACCACGGCAAAUCUAUCAAAGUCGUAAUGUAAAACAGCAGAGUAAUUACUUGAAACAGAAUAAGAAACCGACGACGAGUGAGGAGGAAAGUGAAGAAGAAGUGGAAGAGGAACCAGACAGAUUGUCACUACUGUUGGCCAAGUCUUCGUUUAAUUGCAAUUCGAAAAAUUCGGGCUACUACGCCGAUGAGUCACUGAAUUGCGAAGUUUUCCAUUAUUGCCAAGAUAAUCAACGUCAUUCUUGGAUCUGUCCUGAGGGUUUUACUUUCCAUCAAAUACAUCUAAUCUGCAUGCCGCCAUCGCACGAUAACAUCUGUCAGCAAUCGUCGAAAUAUCAUAUUGUUAACGAUUACCUCUACAAGCCAAUCAAUCUUCAUGAACACCAAAGCAAGCCAAAUGUGACCCUACGCUACUCGGAGCGUUACUAUCCCGAAAACUAUUAUGACAAUGAGCGUUAUGAUGAUGAAGAGGAAGCGCCACGCCAACGCGUAAAUCAUCAAAGGCAACCGGUUCAAGUUGGCUUCCAACAACAGCAGCAGCCACAACAACAACAACAACAACCCAUCUAUCAGCAGCAACGUCAGCAGGUACAACAGGUACGUCACCAGCCCAUACAACAACAACAACAGCAGCAAACAACCGUUUAUCGUAAACCUGCCACCACAACCACGACUCAACCACAGCCUCAAGCACAACUCAUACAACCUAUUCAACAACAUCCGAUUCAACAGCGACCCAUCGGGCAAACUAUUGCACCACUGGUUACACCAAGUCCUUACAGAUUUUUCACUGCCGCAUCACCACUGCAACACGCUGUGCCACAACCGCAAGUCUAUCGUACUCCCGAGGAGAUUAACAUAUCACUGCUGCAACGACGCCCACAACUUUUCGUUGCCACUUCAACGCCGCGUUACUAUGAGGAUGAUUACCUGUACGAGCGACGAAAGUAAAAUAAAAAACAAAAUAAAAUUAAUUAAAAAUCCGACCUCGACACUUGUAUCCUACUUUCACUAUCCUCUAGCCGUACUGUAAUGCUCCCACGCUCAUCUCGUCCGACAAGUGCAUUGUGAAUUGAAUUCAAAAUGCAAAACGAAGUUUUCGAAUUAUAUGUAGCUUUAAGCAUUAAAUCUAACGAAUUAUUAACAGUUUUUUAUUUUUAUUUUAUUUCUAUUGAUUUUACUGUUAUAAAAACUACAUAUUACGAAUUUAAAAGUAGUCCCAAAACUCGUAUUAUAUGUGUGUACCUUAAUAUGAACAAUUAUUUGUCCAAAAUGUUAGA